AUGUCUUACUCUCUCUUCGCUGAUCUCACGCAACCGCCCUCGACGUCAAAAGAGUUCGCUGCAACAGAUCUCGUUCACCUGCUUAUACAGCGCAACACGCAAGUUUCCUUCCGUAUUGUCGACAAGGCCCGCACCAUCUGGACCAAUAUAAACAAUCUUAUCGAUCGCACCGAAAAAUCCGCUGCCUUCGACUGGGAUAGUUAUGACAAGUUCAUCGCAGCAAUAGACCCAUUGGAGGAGGCUUUAUUUGAUCUCAGUCUCACGAUCGAGAAAGAGGUCAAGUCCUACUUGCCCGAGGGCACUGGCAUCGAUGUCGGACUUCAGGCCGUGGACACUUGGCAGUCCAACAGGAAGAUUUUGCGCGACAGCUUGAAUACUCUAUGCAAUUCGAAGCCCUUUAAGGAUCUCCCCGAUUCCACCAAGGAUGCGGAAGGGGACGAACUGAAAGACAUCUACAGUGCUUACAAACAUGACGAUCUGGCCUUGCUUUCUGAGCUCUACUCAUCCAUCGAAGCAAACGUGCCGAAUAUUCGCAGUAAACGCAUCGGAGAGCUUGCCAAGCAGAGCGAUUCUCAGCUGAACCAGAUUCGUGCCCAGCUUGCUGCUGCUCAGAUGCCCGUCGACGACAAUGUUUUUGUCCUGACGAUCAGUUACAGCAUGUUGAUGUUUGGCGUCACGGGAAUGUCGGCCAAUGCAGCCCAGUAUCCAGAUUGGGCUUCGUAUCCCAAAGUAAAAGACGUCUGGAGGGCAGCCAAAACGUUUCUGGAGCAUGUAAAGGCACAGCUAGAUGACGCCACUGUCGAGAAGAAUAAGUUGCAAGAAGCUUACAACGACUUUGUGGAGAAACUCAAGAAAUUAUGUCCUACCGAGAUGCCAGAGUCCUUCCUAUCCCUGAUGAAGACAGUGGGCACGAUCAGAAGGCCGUACUAUGGUCAAGCCUUGGCCUACGUUGCCGUUUGUCGCUAUCUCGCUAAAUGGUUCGAAAGCGAGGCAAACAAGACCUCGAAGAACGUCCUCCCUCUGCAGGAUGCUUUCGACAAGACUCUCGAUGCCUUCAACGAUGCCGUCGCCGCGGCUACGUCGCUCAGGGAGGUCGAUUCUGUCAGCGAAGCUAACACGAAGGCCGUUGAAUCGCUUGCAGCAGCCAAGGAAAAACUCAAGCAGUGCUUUACCGACUUCAAGCUUGAAUCAUGGAAUGAGUAUGACACAAAGAUCACGACGGCGAUUGCGAGCGAUAAAGGGAGAAUGGAGAAGCUCAAAGCGUAUCAAGACAAUCCCCAACAUGCCACCAACGUGGAUGUCAUUCCUGCCGACACGGUUGACAUCACGAUCAAACCAUUCAAUGGGGAACGUGCGAUCUCAAAGGAAAAAACUCUCAAAGUCAGGCCAGACGCCCGCCUCGCCGCCAUCCGCCACGACUUCUGCAAGUAUCUCGACGUGGCAGACAAAACCGCUGCCCUCGCUAGCUUUGACGCGUCUAGAUUCAAGAAGGACGACGGCGCUGUCGUUGCUCUGGACACUGAGAUCAAGGAGAUUGCAGAGGACAAGAAGUGCACGCUCAGAUUCAUCAUCGGUCCGCCAGAUGUUAAGCCGAAGACUAAUGGGGUUUGA